AAGCUGGGGAGGGGCACGACCUCGUGGGCAACCCACGCCCAGUUGCCUAAGUACUCUAACCUGUGGCGAGGUGUUUGCUUGCUUGUUGGUACCCACCAGCAACAGAAACCCCCGCCACCUUUUCGUCCAAAUCCUCUCAAACAAGGUUCCCUCCUGCCACCUGCCGGCCCACUAGGGUCUGCGCCACAGGCUCGGCGCCACCGCGCAGCUUGCGGGGAGGCGGCCCCCACCUCGCUACUGCACAUGCCCGGCAGAAGUCCGGGCGCGCAACUUCGCAGCACCUCACUGCCCAGCGGUCUGCGCCUCAGUCUCCUCUUCCCUCUCCCCGGCGAGAGGAUCAGCGGAGGCACCUCUCCCGAGUCUCAGACUGCAGAGUCUGAGACUUAGAGAGAGGAGCCCCAGAGGAGACAGACUUUUCUCCCUUCCCCAUUCCUUCUUUUUCCUUGGAGGCAAGCAGAGGCGCGGAGCUUUAGAAAGUUCUGAAGUGGUCGGGAAGGUAGGUGCUUCCCUGUUUCUCCUCACCUCGUGAGGUGCACCUUUUUCGGCUCUUGCCGCCAAUGCGCAUCGGAGCCGCUCUCUGCAGAGCCAGAGGGUGGGUCGGCUUCUCGGUGUGUGCCUAAGAGGAUGGAUCGCAGGUCCCGGGCUCACCAGUGGCGCCGAGCUCGCCAUAAUUACCACGACCUGUGCCCGCCUAUCGGCCGCCGGACAGCCACCGCACUCCUCUGGCUCUCCUGCUCCAUCGCGCUCCUCCGCGCCCUUGCCGCCUCCAACGCCCGCGCCCAGCAGCGCGCGGCUGCCCAGCAGCGCCGGAGCUUCCUCAACGCCCACCACCGCUCCGGCGCCCAGGUAUACCCUGAUUCCCCCGAAUCCAACUCUGAGCCCGAGCUCGAGGAGACAGACUUCGAGCCGUCCCUCCCCGAGUGCCUAGAGUACGAGGACGACUUCGAGUACGAGACCGAGUCCGAGUCCGAACUCGAGUCCGAGACCGACUUCGAGACCGAGCCCGACACCGCUCCCACCACUGAGCCCGAGACCGAGCCGGAAGACGAGCGCGGGCCCGCACUGCCCAAGCAGUCCACCUUCCCGCAGUCUCUGACCCAGCGCCUGCACGCUCUCAAGUUGCGAAGCCCCGACGCCUCCCCAAGUCGCGCACCACCCAGCACUCAGGAGCCCCAGAUCCCCACAGAGGGGGAGGAGCCCGAGCCAGCGCCUGAGCCCGAGGGCAAGGAUCCGAGGGGCCCCGAAGAGUCCAAGGAGUCCAAGGAGAAGAAGCGGCAGCGCCGCUGCAAGCCAAAGAAGUCCCCCCGCCGCGACCCGUCCCCGGAGUCCCCUAAGAAAAAGGGGCCCAUCCCCAUCCGGCGUCACUAA